UUGCCAACAGCGCAUACAUGUUACAAUAUAAUGCUUUUACCGGAUUACUGCGAUCUUGAAGUGACCAAAGAGCGUCUUCUCAAGGCGAUCAGCUAUAGCCGUGGUUUUGGUCUUCAGUAG